UGCCAAAGCCCAAAGAGCGCACACACGCAACUCAGCAGUGCGCCUGUGCUUCGAGGGAUGGCUGAGGACUACACACUCCGUCCUCACUGAGGCGCACACACGUCUGUCGAGACAGCAGGUCUGGGUUUGGAUGCAGGGACAAUCCUGACUGGAUUUAAUAGGACAAAAUGCGGAGUCCGGAGGCGACAGUGUGGCCGCGGUGCGCCGUCGGUGUACAGUAAGGAGCGAGUGACGGGUCGGUGUGAAUAAUGUCUGGAGCUGCCGAGUGUGUGUGCAGAGCUACUGACUGGGAAAGUUGAUUGUCGGUUGUUUGGAUCUGAGACAAGAUGCAUCUGUUUCGGAGUCACCAUUACCAAGUGUUCCCGGACCGCUCCUCCGUGGAGACACCGACCAUACGAGGCAUCAGCUGGACUCCGCUGCCAGAGGCCCUCAAUUCAAAGGACACUAUGAAGCAGUUUCUUUCAGAUCGUGUUGUAAAGGCAGCGAGAUCAGUGUAUAGUGUCAUGAUCGAGAGGAACCCUGGACUGAUCCGAGAUAGAAAGUAUCACCUCAAAACAUACAGACAGUGUUGUUCUGGUAAAGAACUUGUUGACUGGCUGAUGAAACAAAAUGACUGCCUCCAAUCAAGAAGCCAGGCAGUUGGGAUGUGGCAGGUCUUGGUGGAUGAAGGAAUUCUUGUCCAUGUGAAACAUGAGUUGAACUUCCACGACAAGGACACCCAGUUCUACCGCUUCCAGGACUCUGAGUUCGGCCUGAGCCACACAACAAAUGAGAAGGACUUGGAGGACGAGCUGCAGGAGGGUCUGUCGCUGCUGUCUCAGCUCGGUCCUGACGCUCUGCUCACUAUGAUUCUACGCAAAUGCCCCAGUCACAGGAGUGCCGAGGACCUGGAGGUCAUCUACGAGGAGCUGCUCCAUGUCAAGGCUGCAGCUCAUCUCUCCACCUCAGUGCGUAAGGAGCUGGCAGCGGUGCUGGUCUUUGAAUCACAUGCCAAGGCCGGAACAGUCUUGUUCAGUCAGGGGGACAAAGGCACUUCUUGGUACAUCAUCUGGAAAGGCUCUGUAAAUGUGAUCACACAUGGGAAGGGCCUGGUCACCACACUGCAUGAGGGGGAAGACUUUGGGCAGCUAGCUUUGCUGAAUGAUGCACCUCGGGCUGCCACCAUCAUCUUGAGAGAAGACAACUGCCAUUUCCUCCGUGUUGACAAACAGGACUUCAUACGCAUCCUCAAGGAUGUUGAAGCUAACACGGUGCGACUGGAAGAGCAUGGGAAAACUGUGCUGGUGUUGGAGAAGAGCAGCGAUCGGGCCGAGCAGGGAGGAGCAGGAAACAACAGCAAGUACACCGUUAUGUCAGGAACACCUGAGAAAAUCCUGGAGCACCUAUUGGAAACAGUAAAGUUGGACUCUAAUGGAAAUGACGCAAUAGAUCCCUGUGUGAGCGACUUCCUGCUCACCCAUAAAGUCUUCAUGCCCUCCAGCCAGCUGUGUCUUGCACUACAGCACCAGUAUCAUGCGGAGCUCUCUGAGGGUUCAGAUCAGGAGAAGGCUUCCUACAUUCUCACCACCAAGCAGAAGGUAGUGAAGCUGAUUGGCCAGUGGGUGGCGCUGUAUGGCCUCCUGCUGAAAGAAGACCCCAUUGCUAUGGACGCUCUGGAGAAGUUGAAGACGGAGGUGGCAGGAGAUAUUCGUCUGUCCAGCAUGCUGAAAGACCAAUUUCGGGAAAGGAGGAGAACAAAAGUAAUGGAGAAUGGAUAUCAGUCACUGAGCAGGAACCAGCAGUUUGAUUGGUUUUCAAACUGUGAGGAACAAGUGGGGAGGUUACAGCCAAUCAGAGCGCAAGAUAAAGUGCUGUAUGAGAUCUACAGGCCAGACAACAAACCUCUCACUCUGAUGCUCCCGGUGAACACAUCUGUGCAGGAUGUGAUGUCAGCGAUAGUCAAACCUGGCGGAGAUCACAUCCUGGUCAAAAUGAACUCAGCGGGAGAGAGAGCUCAGUUGAAGCUGGAUGCGACUGCAGUCUACACGGCUCUGGGACUCAAUGAGAGACUGUUCAUCUGCACAAGCAGCCAAGUGGAACAGCUGAUGCCCCUGAAGGAGCAGCAGGGUCCAGAGCGAGGAACAACUGACAUCCUCGAACAGAUGGGCUCUAAAGACAUCGCCAAUGAACUCACCAACUAUGACUGGGAACUGUUCACUGCCAUGCAUGAGGUGGAGCUUGUCUACUACGUAUUCGGCCGUCAUAAGUUCCCAGGUGCCAUCACAGCUAACCUGGAGCGUUUCGUGCGUCGCUUCAACGAGGUGCAGUACUGGGUGGUGACGGAGCUGUGCCUCUGUGAGGACCUGGUGAAACGAGCCAUCCUGCUCAAGAAGUUCAUAAAGAUUGCUGCAGUAUUAAAGGAGCAGAAGAAUCUGAAUUCAUUCUUUGCUGUCAUGUUUGGUUUGAGCAACAGUGCAGUACAUAGGCUCUACAAGACCUGGGAGAGAAUACCCAGCAAGACAAAAAGAAUUUACUGUGCUUAUGAGAGGUUGAUGGAUCCUUCACGCAACCACAGGGCCUACAGACUGGCUGUGGCCAAACUCAGUCCUCCCUAUAUCCCCUUCAUGCCUCUGCUGCUCAAAGACAUGACCUUCAUCAAUGAGGGAAAUCCAAACUACGUAGACAAAUUGGUCAAUUUUGAGAAAGUGCGCAUGAUUGCCAAGACAGUGAAGAUUGUACGAGGAUGCAGAAGCCAGCCGUACGUGGCGUCGUCUCCACAGAGGGGCCUGGCAGAUCGGAUGUUUCUGGAAGGGCCUGCUACUCGCAUAUCAACAUACUCAGACUACGCCCUCCCUCUGCGGAGUCCCUGCAACAUCCGGCACUACAUUCAGAACCUGAAAGUGAUCGACAUCCAGCGCAAGCUAACACAGCUAUCAAGGACAAUAGAAUGCUAGGACAUCAAUGCGCAUAUGUACAGAGACUACAAAACUGAACCACAGAAAGAACUGCAGCUGGAUGAACAAAACUUCCACAGUCACUUAAUUAAGAUGGAUGUCUGGAGGAGCUGAGUGCUGUGGAGUCACUUUAAUUCAAGGAGCUUGGACAUUGAUGGAUAACCCAGCACAGCAUCAAGAGUUAAAAUGUGCUGCGUGCACAGUAAUGAUGAACUAGGGAAUCCAAUUCUGUGACUUGUGGGACACUUUUUUUUAUUCAAAACGCCUUACAGCCAUGCAUGUGCCACAGUGGAGACUGAUCCCCUCACAAAGGAAAUGUUACAACAUCCACAGCUUAACUGACUUUGGUGUAAAAACUCAUUUAUGUGACACUUUGUAUACUGCUGUCUGUGGAAGAAUCACUCUGCUGGUUCCACUAAAGGGCCACGAGAACACAUACUAUCUUUGCCUUAGUUUGUCACUUGCGGUCAGUUUUUCGUGCACUUGUAUUUUCACAUUAAAACUAAUAUAUUGUAUCAGAUCAUUUUUUGGCAACGUGGCCAUUAACUGGCAUGCAUAUAAUUUCAUACAAUGUUGUUUUAUAAAUAAAUUAUUUUCUCAGUUA